AUGUUGUCUGAACAAACUCGUACUAUCGUCAAGCAAACGGUUCCUGUACUGGAACAAAAUGGUGGUGUUAUUACCAAAACUUUCUACGGUAACAUGUUGCGUGAUAAUAAGGAACUAUUGAACUAUUUCAAUAGAGUCAACCAGGCUAAAGGUGCUCAACCAACCGCUUUGGCUACCACUGUCUUGGCUGCUGCUAAGCACAUCGAUGACUUGUCUGCUAUCCUUCCCCAUGUUGAACAAAUUGGUCAUAAGCACAGAGCUCUACAAAUUAUGCCCGAACAUUAUCCAAUCGUUGGUCAAAAUUUACUGAAGGCUAUUAAGGAAGUGCUGGGUUCGGCUGCUACCCCAGCAAUUAUCGAUGCUUGGGCCGAAGCUUAUGGUGCUAUCGCUGAUGUAUUUAUCUCAGUUGAAAAGAAGAUGUACAAAGAAGCUGCUUGGGCAAGUUGGAAACCAUUUGAAGUGGUGGCUAAAGAUAAAGUAGCAAGUGACAUUGUUGAAUUUACUGUGAAGCCACAGGCUUCUUCUGGCAUUGAUUUGGCAAACGUUCCUAUUAAUGCUGGUCAAUACAUCACCGUAAAGACUCACCCAUCUAGACACAACAACGAAUACGAUGCCUUACGUCAUUACUCCAUUUGUUCCUCCACUGCUGAAAAUGGUUUGAGAUUCGCCGUCAAGCUCGAGCAAACAAAAGACAAGCCAAUUGGUUUAGUUUCUGAAUAUUUACACAAGGAUGUUGAAGUUGGUGAUGAGGUGUUCCUAAGUGCUCCGGCUGGUGAUUUCCAAUUGGAACCAAAGUUAAUCCAUCAAAAUGAAGUCCCAUUGGUUUUGCUAUCUGCAGGUGUCGGUGUUACUCCAGUGCUUGCUAUGUUCGAAGAACAACUGCUGAAAAACCCAAACAGACCUAUUUAUUGGAUCCAAUCUGCUUAUGAUGAGCCUAGACAAGCUUUCAAGGGCCACGUCGAUGAACUUUUGAAAAUGGGUAAAGAUGUUAAGAAGGUCAUCGUUCACACUGCCACUCAACCACGUAUAGAUGACAAAUUCUUACAAGAACGUGUACCAGGUCACGCCGACGUCUAUAUCUGUGGUUCUCUAGACUUUAUGCAAGCCAUGAUAGGGCAUUUUGCAACUUUGAACCAUAAGAGUGAUACCGUCCAUUACGAACCAUUUGGUCCAAAGAUGGCCACUGUGAAGGUCUAA